UUUGAAAAGGGAAAUGCGUGAAAUUCGUGCGCCGCAUUUCCACCAGACCAGAGUUACGCGCCGUAGCUGUGUUUUUCACUCAGUCCCACCAGUCACCGUCGCGUUACGUCACGAGAGCAGUUGUAGGUGUUAUAUAUCGUUAAACGGUAAAUAUUUGAAGGAAAUUGUCUUGACCAGGAGUUUUGCAUUUUCCCGCUGAAUUUUUCUUGUACACGCAACUAAAAUAAGAAAUAAUUGGGAAAACGAAAACACAUGUGUUGGUCUCUGUCCCAGUGUUUUGGUUGUUUUCGUCUGCCCAAGUAGACGGCGCGUAGUUUUUCACUUUGACAGAAGGUCUCCUUUUCGGUUAUCGCCUCACACUCAUUUCUAAUUGUGAUUCGUAGGAAGUAAGUUCUCUAGUGCAAAAUAUAUUCAAAUAAAAUAGUUAUAAAUCGGAACACAACAAAAAAAUACAAGUAAACACCACCAAAAUAUUGAAAAAUUAGAAGAAAAAAAUUACAACUACCAAGAGAAUAUCAACCAUAAACUCGCCAUCCCAUCGUCUUUGGUCUUCUUGUUCUUGUUAAACGUCCGUUGGAACCACGCAUCGUGAUUGAAUAAUAGAUCUGGAGAUUGUAUAUCUAUGAUAAACGUAUACGAGAGAUAUAGAUGAUACGUAACUGCUGCAACUAUAACUGUAAACGGUGUCCUCUCACGUAAAAAGAAGAAACGUAACGCACAGCCUGCGAACGUAUGCAACGUAUUGGAAUCAAUCUGGGAAAUCUCCACGGAGGACGCAAACUAACGAUUGCGAGAAAAGGCUUGGCUGCGAAAGGACUACAUCAAACUGUAUUCAUGCUUACUGGAACUAAAACUGUGGAAACCAUUUCGAUAGCCCCAGCUGCCGCAUAAUCGUCAUCCAAUCCGAUCCGAUCUGAUCCGAUCCGAUAUAAUCCAAUCUCCGCCGUAACGAAAACUUAAGGAGAAGUUGCCAAUAACAGCAGAGAGCCGCUCGAUCCCAACGAACGGCAGCGAGUAGAAGUUUUUUCGGCCAGAGCGCACCCACAAUCACCAGCAACAGCCUCAAGAUUCUGCCCUUCGGUGCCCCCAACUUUCGUCUGGAGACGACACCCGCAGAGAUGCACAAGAUCGCAGCAGCGCCGCCUCCAACGGCAGCGCCAGGCGGAGGACUGGAGACGCCCCUGGCGGCGCCCAAAUAUGGCACAUUAAUACCCAACCGCAUCUUUGUGGGCGGCAUCAGCGGCGAUACCACCGAGGCCGAUCUGACCCGCGUCUUCAGCGCCUACGGCACAGUAAAGAGCACCAAAAUCAUCGUGGAUCGGGCAGGCGUGAGCAAGGGCUAUGGCUUUGUCACCUUCGAGACGGAGCAGGAGGCGCAAAGACUGCAAGCGGAUGGUGAGUGCGUGGUACUACGUGAUCGCAAACUGAACAUUGCACCGGCCAUCAAGAAGCAGCCCAAUCCUCUGCAAUCGAUUGUGGCCACAAACGGAGCUGUUUACUAUACCACCACGCCGCCGGCACCGAUCAGCAACAUACCCAUGGAUCAGUUCGCAGCCGCUGUAUAUCCGCCAGUUACUGACUUUACAGCCGCUGGAGUGCCAGCCAUCUACCCACCUUCAGCCAUGCAAUAUCAGCCAUUCUAUCAGUACUACAGUGUGCCAAUGAAUGUACCCACCAUUUGGCCUCAGAAUUACCAAGAAAACCAUUCGCCAUUGCUGCACCCACCGUCGCCGAAUCAUCAAACGCACGCCCAGACGCAUCCACAGUCGUCGUGCUGGACUGUCGAGGAUCUGAGAGAUACAAUGCCCAGGGUAUAGCUGCCGAUCGAAGGAUCGGUGGUUAAAGUAACAACAGGAUUAGAACAGGGGGCUAAGGCGAAGGAAGAAGUGGAGACACACAGAACUCAGAACAGAAGACGACCCAAUUCUCCAGAAAAAAAAAAAACAGUAUCAAAGUCAGAAAAGUUAGAAAAUAUGAUCAAAGUGGAGGAAAGGGAAGAAGUGGAUGGGACUGGAGAAUCGGAAAAAGAUGGUAUCAUCCUUGGGUUAAGGAUCCGAGAAGAAAUCUCUCGAAGUAUUUACGAAUCGAAACACUGGGAUUGAUCCUGGGUAACGAUGGCGCGACACCUCACAAAAUUCCCUUCGUUUUUAGUUAUUUUUUUUUUUUGUUUGUUUUUUAAUUUCGAAACUUUAUCCCUACGAUAACCCCAAAAACCUUCACGCUUUACCACCCCAUCGGGUUAACCUCGUUAACCUUGUUCUUAUGUUUUGCGAUUGUUAUGUUCGUUAUUUUGUUAUACGUUAUCGUUAAAAAGUUUUUUCGUUUUCGGGCAGCGAAGGGGUGUGUGUAUAAUAAGCGAGUAAAGCAAAAGAAAAGAAGAGGGAGUUAGAGAGGUAUAGGUGAAGGGGUCAUGAUUAUAGCAAGCGGGUCAACAUCAUCAACGUCGUUUCCCCCCAUCACAUGCGAGCAACACAAUCAAUCUGAAACCAUCUGAAGCAUAACCGAAGCAUAUCCACGACUUCUUCAAAAUCGGUUACCCGCACGGGAACACCCAGUAUUUAUACCGCACCAUCUAUAAUACCACCAACCGAAAUAAAAAGCCCGAAGCUAUUUUCAAUCCCGAUCCUGAACUCGACCCCCCCCGUGAGCCAGCCUAUGUCUGCUAUAUAUUGGAUCUGUGCUAUAUCUGUGCUAUAUCAGCGAUGCAAUUUUAGAAAAAAGAAGAAAAAAAAACGUUUCGGGCUUGAUGCUUGUUCUUUGGAGUGUUCUGAUCAUUUUCGAUCAUUCAGAGAGCACUCUUCAGCUCGAUUUAUUUUUUCCAAAUUUGUCCCAGUUUCAUCUUUUGAUUCAUCAUUCUUUCCUUUCUGAUUUUUCGAAACGAAUGUAUUAUCAAAAUUUGUUCAACUUUCUGUGUGAUUCCAAAUUAUUAUUGAAGUGUUCAUAUUCCGAUUAUCGAAUGUCAUUCAUUAAAGCAAUAAUAAAAAAAAGAGCCCGAAACAAAAA